CUGCAAUUACUAAUUACUCUACUCUGUAGAACCUCCGAUCAAAACUUCCAAGCUUCUCUCAGAAGCCUCAAGCAGCGAAUAAAAGGCCAAUCCUGUCAUUACCCACAUCACAAAAAAAGAACGUCUUCCCCCUUUUAUUUCAGUUUCGCGCCCGCUCAGUUCUAUUCUAUCCCGCUUCCUUUUUUAGGGUUUUGAAAAGCUCUUCCGCUUCACUUUCAACUCACUCUUUCUCUUUCUCUGUCAGUUUCUCGAGAAAAAAAGUGUAAUUUCGCCGGAAAAAAUGCCGCCGAUAAACUUGACGGAAGGCGCGAUAGCGAUUUUAACGAACGGCGAAGCACAUCCGGAGGAUUUUAAACCGGUGUUACAAAUCACAGAUAUUCGGUUGGUGAACACUCAGAAUCAGAAUAACAAUAACGAACGCUACCGGAUUCUUUUAUCGGACGGGGAGUUUCUUCAGCAAGGGAUGUUAGCUACGCAAAAAAACGAUCUUAUUCGGUCCCAACAGAUUCAAAAAGGAUCUAUUAUUCAGAUGAAUCAGUUCGUUUGUAAUAACAUCCAAAAUCGAAUGAUCAUCAUUAUCAUUGAAUUAGAUAUUUUACUUGAGACAUGUGAUACCAUUGGAGAACCAAAGCAUUAUCUCCCAAAUGGUAUUAGUCCUUCAGUGCCACGACCAGCUGCCCCACUUCAGCCUUCCACCAAUCAAUCAGGUGGUUUAAGUGGCAGCCCUCAAUCCUUUACUGCUGUUGCAGCUACUUCAAGCUCAGCUCCAAGACCAAAUAUGCCUGGAGGGAUGCGAUCUCCUGAGUCAAACCGUAGCAUUGGUUCUAAUACUUCCUCUGCUGGUAAUAUUGACUCUGGAAGAUAUAGUUCAACAAGUGCACCCCUUUACCCCAAAGCAGAAUCUGGUCCAGCGAUUUCACGGGCUCCGAUGAAUAAUUAUGUGCGGCCACCUCAGCCUUCUUAUCAGCAGCAUCCUCAGUCUUCUUAUCAGCAGCCACCGCCGUUGUACUCAAACAGAGGACCUAUAGCCAAGAACGAAGCACCGCCGAGGAUUGUUCCAAUUGCUGCUCUCAAUCCAUAUCAGGGUCGAUGGACUAUCAAGGCCAGGGUUACUGCUAAGGCAGAACUCAGACACUACAACAAUCAAAGGGGUGAUGGAAAAGUAUUCUCUUUUGAUCUUCUUGAUUCUGAUGGAGGAGAAAUAAGAGUAACAUGCUUUAACUCUGUAGCUGACCAAUUUUACCACCAGAUUGAGCCAGGUAGAGUGUAUAUGAUUUCCAAGGGUAGCUUGAGACCAGCUCAGAAAGCUUACAAUCACCUUCCAAAUGACCAUGAAAUUAUGCUCGAGAGCACAUCAGUGGUUCAACCUUGUUUUGAGGAUGACAGAACUAUUCCUCAGCAACAAUUUCAUUUUCGGCCAAUCAGUGAUAUUGAGGCCUUGGAGAACAAUAGUGUGGUAGAUGUGAUUGGUGUGGUGUCUUCAAUAAGUCCAUCUAGCUCAAUAAUGAGGAAAAAUGGUACAGAAACUCAGAAAAGAGUUCUCCAGCUGAAGGAUAUGUCUGGCAAAAGUGUUGAAUUAACUUUGUGGGGAAAUUUCUGCAAUGCAGAAGGUCAAACACUUCAAAGUAUGUGUGAUUCUGGAGCUUCCCCUGUUUUGGCAGUCAAAGCUGGUAGAGUAAAUGAUUUUAAUGGCAAAUCUGUAGGUACUAUAUCUACAAGCAAGUUGUUUAUAGAACCGGAUUUUCCUGAAGCUUUAAAACUGAAGGCAUGGUUCGAAAGGGAGGGAAAGAACAUGCCAUCAGUAUCUCUUUCCCGAGAAGUGAGCAGCAUUGGUCGGACAGAUGUGCGAAAAACUAUAUCUCAAAUCAAAGAUGAACGAUUGGGCACUUCCGAGAAACCAGAUUGGAUCACAAUAAGUGCCACUGUUACAUUUAUAAAGGGUGAGAAUUUUUGCUAUACUGCCUGUCCCCUCAUGAUAGGAGAUCGACAGUGCAACAAAAAAGUGACAAAUAAUGGGGAUGGGAAAUGGCGGUGUGACAGGUGUGAUCAGACUGUUGAUGAAUGCGAAUAUAGGUACAUUCUUCAGUUCCAGAUUCAGGACCAUACUGGCUUAACCUGGGUUACUGCAUUUCAGGAAUGUGGUGACCAGAUCAUGGGUGUGUCUGCAAAAGAACUGUAUUUCCUAAAAUAUGAAGGGCAGGAUGAUGAUAAAUUUACAGAUAUCAUGCGUAAUGUCUUAUUCAACAAAUUUAUCUUCAAAUUGAAAGUGAAAGAAGAGAUGUUUAGCGAUGAACAGCGC